AUGGGUGCAACUCAGUACUAUCGCUCUCAGAUUGGCGAAGAGUCCGUCAUCGACUACUCUCAUACCGACUUUCCCUUCAAGCUUCUCGCCAAGGACGUAUACUAUUUCUUUGUCUAUGUAUGGGCACUACCAUGGGUCAUCUGGCCCGUCUAUCCCUUCAAAUGCAAGGUUUUCGAUGAGCUCUAUCCGUCCCCUCAGAACGUGUUCUGCGUUGUCGUCCACCUGGUUCUCUUCUUCCUGCAGCUAGGGUUCAUCAUAGCCCUGCCAUUCUCUAUUGUGUUUCCAGUCUGGAUGGCGGCAACAGGUAUCGCUGGUUUCAUGUUUACCAACUGGCUCAUCUGUAAGCUUCUCAAUGGUAGCAAGGAAACUUAUACCUCGGAUGAAAAGUAUGCCAAGGAUCGGCCUGAGCACGCACACGAACAAUGGGUUUUCUUGAACGGCGUUGCUGUUGGAGAACAUUGGAUGCAGUCAAACUUGAACCGACUUGCACUGACUUUUGGCCGGCCUAUUCUUGGCAUUCAUAACCAGACUCGCGGAAUAAUAUUUGAUGUCGUUGAAUGUCUGAUACAGCGCAAUUUUGGCUACGCAACUGGGGAUGUCAGAAUUUGUUUCAGACUUCUCAAAGACAUCCUCUAUGAUGAAAGCAAGUCCAAAGUCAUCUUCGUGCUACACUCCCAAGGAGGAAUCGAGGGGGGCCUGGUUCUCGAUUGGUUGCUCCAGGAGCUGCCACAAGAUCUAAUGUCUAAACUCGAGGUCUAUACCUUUGGGAACGCUGCCAAUCACUUCAACAAUCCCCAUCGCCAUCGGUCUUCGCAGAUGCUGGCUCGUCUCAAGCCCCUAUCUGCGAUGAGCACUGUUCUUACUGAGUCCUCUUUCGACUCUCCUUCUAGCAGCCCACUCGAAGCUAAGGAUGACCUGGCCCUAAAGGCUCGUAAUCCGGUUAGGAAAGAAUCCUCUGGUGUGUCGACUCGAUCUAUUUCCGCUGCCAAAGACAGGUGUAUCUUGCACGUGGAGCACUAUGCCAAUAGUACAGAUUUUGUUGCCAUAUGGGGCAUACUGCAUUUUGCAACAAACAGGAUGGAAUCGCGAGAACUCCCACGGUUUCAGGGGCGAUUAUUCUCUCGAGCAGACGGCCGCCACGGUGGCCACCAGAUGAAUCAGCAUUACCUAAACGCCAUGUUCCCUUUGAAGAAGGAUGCUGAGACUGGAGAGUAUGUGGGCGCUGAUGAAGACAAUGAGUUCAUGAAUGAGGCCAUCAAGGUCGGCGAAGAAGGCAGCGCCUCUGCCAACGCGAGAGAAGCCUUCGAAAUAUCAUGGGCUGGAACGCAGGGAUUUGGAUCUGGCGAUGCUUCAACGCCAAUUGAGGUUCAUGGGAUCUCAAACACAAUCAAGGAGGCUAGUGAUGAUCACGGAAUCCGUGUCAAGGAUGUGAGCCGUUUGUGGAGUUACAGAAAUGGUCGGAGUCCUGUAGAAUUACCCCCAAUGCUUGUCUCCGAGAACGGUGUGCCUAGAACAGCAACUCUAUGA